UGGCUCCUCUCAGACUCGGACGCGAAUGGCAAUGGCAGUCGGUUUAGCUGGGCAGCAAACGCAUUUCAUGACUCGAGAAGCACGCGCUUGAUAUUGAUUACGACGUUGCGAUUAACCCCAACAUGUCCGAAAACAGGGACGAAAUACUGAUGGAUUUCCAGGCCUGCACUGGAAUCGAAGAUGUGGGAGAAGCUUUUUCUCAUUUAGAAGCUGCUCAAUGGGACCUCUUGAAAGCUAUUCAGAGGGUGAUGCCACAGGAUUCCCAAACACUUCCCUCAGAAACCACAGAUGACAUCGAAAUGAUUGAACCUGCACUUCCAUCAGCUUCAACAGCCCCAAACAUUGCAGGACCUUCGACUUCUCAGGCACUAGAUAGGAUAACAUUUCACGUUACUCACGGAGAUCAAGAAGUUGAUUUCAUUGUCAACAAGAAAGAUAAAAUUGAAUAUUUGAAGCAGCUUGUGGGCACAAAAUUCAACUUGCCUUCAUGUCGAGUAGACCUUCAAGGUUGGAGGCGAACUCCAGCAUCUGAUAAGAUAACAUUUGGUGAUCUUCGGUGCCCACCGUAUGUUCCAUUAGUUGUAGUGGUUCUUGAUCCUACUCCCGAUGGAGUUGCAGCAGCCGACGAGCCAAACAUGAUUGAACGUCUUACCAAUAAUUUCACAUUGAAUAUUAAAAAUGAAGCCAACCAAAAGACAUACAAUUUGAAAUUCCCUGGUAGCAGGACCAUUGCUGAAGUGAAACAUGAUAUUUUCGAGCUGACAGACAUUCCAGUCAGGCAUCAAAAAUGGGCUGGUUGGCCCCCAUCAGUCUCAGAUCAAGUAACUCUUGCUUGUUCUGGCAUCAACUAUCCUGAGCAAAAUUUGACUUUGAGUAGACAAGCAUCGGCUAAAGAAAAUAAGAAAAAGCAGCCAGUAAUUUGCAUUGAUGAUAGUGACAGUUCACAGGGAGAUUAUGAAGAUGCGUCAGAAUCACUUAAUGGUGAUGAUGAUAUGCUAUACAUGGGCACAGUUGAGACUUCUAGAAAAGUCAGAAACCUAAUUCCAGAAGAUGUUGAUGAUGAAAUUGCCGGAUCAAUUUCUUUCAUGGAGGAGUAUGUCCGACGCUACGGCGAGGCUCAUCCUCUAUUUCUUCAAGACACGCUCGCGGAGGCUGUGAAAGAAGCAUUUAAUAAACCAGCUAGAGAGCGCCGUCCGUUGGUUAUUUACAUUCAUCAUGAUGGAAGUGUCCUUGCAAAUGUGUUCUGCACUCAAGUCUUGAAUUCAGAGCCAGUGAUAUCAUACUUGAGUGAGCACUUUGUAAUAUGGGGCUGGGACUUCACACAUGAGCAGAAUAAGCAAAUGAUGUUGCGCUCCGCGUCACAAAGUCUUGGCCCAAUGGCAGCAAAUCUAGUGCGCAGCAUUGACCUGGAACACAUGCCUGCACUUGUUGUUGCCAACAAAAUCCGAUCGUCAAUAGAAAUAGUUUCAGUUAUGCAUGGGCACCUCGUUGUUAAUGAGCUUAUCAGCAAUUUGAUGCAGGUCAGGGACAGAUUCCAGGAGAACCAAACUCAAGAAAUAAUGGAGGAGAAUGAGCGCAUGGCUCGAGAAAGGGUUUUGAGAGAGCAAGAUGAGGCUUACCAAGCUUCAUUGGAAAUAGACAGAGCUAAAGAAGAGGCGAAAAAAGCUCAGGAAGUAGCUAAGGAAAGAGAGGAACAGCUGCUUCAAUCACAUCAAAGGCAAGAAGCUGCAAAAAUGGAAGCUAGAAAGGCCGAGGCAAGCAAGAGGCUCCCCAAGGAGCCUGCGGACGCUGAUGGUGUUGCCAGGAUUAGGUUUCGUUUGCCAUCGGGAGAGUUUCGCACUCGACGAUUCCAUGGAAGCUCACCUUUGCAAGUGCUAUUUGACUAUUUACUCAUAGAGGGCUACCCCCCAGAAGACUACAAGGUUCUCUCAAGCUGGCCUCGCAGAGACCUUACAGCAUUAGACAGCACUCAAACUCUGCAGCAUGCAAGUCUGUGCCCUCAAGAGACUGUGAUCUUAGAAGAGCGAUAAUUACUCUUAAGUCCUGCACCUGUAUCUUUUCUGUAUGUUGGUAUUUAUUCAUCUGACUGUAAUUUAUUUAUUCACUAACUCUUGA